AUGGCUGAUAAGAAGAAAGACCCUGAACCGGAGGCUGAAGAAGAAUUUUCCGUAGAAAAAGUUUUAGACCGACGCGUUAGGAAUGGAAGGGUCGAGUAUUUUUUGAAAUGGAAAGGCUACAGUGACGAAGACAAUACUUGGGAGCCUGAAGAGAAUCUUGACUGUCCUGAUCUCAUACAGGCGUUCGAGGAGGCGCGAAAGAAGAAGGACACGGACGGCAAGGGAACCAGAAACGAAAAGGAGAAGAAAAGAAAAUCAACAGCAGCUACACCCGACUUGAAAGGUGCCAAGAAAGGAAAAGUGGAUGACAAAAAGACAUCUGGCUUUGAACGUGGAUUGGAACCAGAGAAAAUUAUUGAAGGCAAGGGAACCAGAAACGAAAAGGAGAAGAAAAGAAAAUCAACAGCAGCUACACCCGACUUGAAAGGUGCCAAGAAAGGAAAAGUGGAUGACAAAAAGACAUCUGGCUUUGAACGUGGAUUGGAACCAGAGAAAAUUAUUGGAGCGACGGAUAGCAGUGGAGAGUUAAUGUUCCUUAUGAAAUGGCAAGGCACAGAUGAAGCUGAUCUAGUGCCGGCCAAGCAAGCUAAUGUCAAGUGUCCACAGGUUGUGAUACAGUUCUACGAGGAACGACUAACAUGGCACACACCAUCUGCUGACGAGUCAACUACUGAUGAUUAG